CUUCCAUGAUUCCAUUUCAGAUCUAUAUAUAAAGAGAAGAGAGAGAUGCAUGGCAUGCAUGUACAUCAGUUAGCGAAUACCACCAUUGUACUAGCUUCCCCUCUCAAUUCUACUUUUGAUUUUCGACUAACAUCAGUGUGGUGUGAUAUAUCUUCCUAGUGAAUCUAUAUAUAGUGAGAAUGAAAGCAAACCCCAUCCUGAUGGCCUUAGCUACGGCAGCGCUCGGGUUCCUCAUCGGCGUUUCUUUUCCUGUAACACCAAAGCUUCAAUGUGGCAUAUUCCCUUGGAGUGUGGGUGGUGAUGAUGCAAACUCCACCUUCAGUGGCAGAAACAUACUAGGCAGAUUUUGGGUGCCAGUCACAAACAGCACUUCAACUGUGGAGGCGACUCCUGUCCUGGGGCCAAAUGCCACUACUUCAGAGAUUGUUGCGCCGGCAAAGCCGAAAGGCGCGGCGAGGCUGCCACCGAAUAUCGUGGUUUCAGAGUCUGAUCUUCACCUGCGCCGGCUGUGGGGAAACCCUCGAGAGGACACGCCUGUUCGCAAGUACCUUUUGGCGCUGACAGUCGGGUACAGUGAGAAAGCCAACGUGAACGCGACUGUUCACAAGUUCUCCGAUAACUUCGACGUGGUGCUGUUCCACUACGACGGGCGCACGACGGAGUGGGACGACGAGUUCGAGUGGUCCAAGCAGGUCCUUCACAUCAGCGCCAGGAAGCAGGCCAAAUGGUGGUAUGCGAAGCGGUUCCUGCACCCGAGCAUAGUGGCUCCCUACGAAUACAUCUUCAUCUGGGACGAGGACCUCGGGGUGGAGACCUUCGACGGCGAGGAGUACGUGAGGCUGGUGAGGAAGCACGGGCUGGAGAUCUCGCAGCCGGGGCUGGACAUCACCCGGGGGAAGAAGUCGUACGAGAUCACCACCCGGAGGAACGGCAGCGAGAUCCACAAGAACACCAUCGGGGGGCCCGGCAACUGCGCCGACGUGCACCAGCGGCCGUGCAGCGGCUUCGUGGAGAUCAUGGCGCCCGUCUUCUCCAGGGACGCAUGGGCGUGCGCCUGGCACAUGGUCCAGAACGACCUCGUCCAUGGCUGGGGGCUGGACGGCAACUUCUGGAGAUGCGUUGACGAGGCAGAGGAGCAGAUCGGGGUGGUGGACGCGCAGUACGUGGCGCAUCGCGCGGUGCCGACGCUGGGGCGGCAGGGCAACCCCGAGACGGGAGGCGCCGGCAAAGUCAGGCAACGCUGCUUUGACGAGUGGGGCAUGUUCAAAGCCAGAAUGAGAAACGCGGAAAGGGCAGCAGCAGCAGCUCAACGUCUUGUUGCACCACCGGAUGCUGCGGCCCGGCCCAGCCCCAGCCCCAGAUAAUAAUAGCCAUCGUCAUAUUCUGCGCCUAGCCACACUAUAAUUUACUGUUAUAUCACCCCUAGUUACAAUUCAGAAAAAUACCAGUUACAAUCCGCUAAUUAAAACAGUUAUAAUCGCAU